UGCACACUGCACAACAAGCAUCUCCCAACGUUCAUUUGGGGACUGCUCUGGCCAAUGGACUCGGACAACUAAGAUCUUGACAUCGCACAUAUGACCGCACAACUCAGCAAUACCGAGACAUGGUCGCUGCUGGCCUGCUCUGCUGCCAGCCUUGGCGUCCUCUCUAACACCUGGAGCAGUGAUGGAGCCCCUGUAUUUGCAUCGCUAGCUUUGAGUGGUCUGGCAUUUUCUUCUUCAUAUGCCAUCAUACGAUGGACCGGAGAUGCGUUCAUCCGAGCUGGGCGAAAAGGAAAGGACAUGUCCAAGAAACAACCUAUUGUACUCCCUGAGAUGAUGGGACUAGUCAGCGCGCUGGUAUAUCUGUUGUGCAUUAUAGCCUUUCUUCCGUUUGCUUUCAAACAUGACAUUGUGGCCGCGACUUCAGGGGGAGGCAACAAGGACAUCGUGGUCGAGGCUCAAAUCGUCGAGACAGGAAGAUUUCUACACAGAUUCCCUCUUGAGAAGCUCGCAUCUUAUGGUUUCGCAUAUGGUACACUCGCGACGGUCAUCAUCCUCGGCAUCAUCGACGACUUUUUCGACAUUAGAUGGAGACACAAAUUCUUCAUCCCUGCUUUUGCAUCGCUUCCCAUCCUGGGACUGUAUUUUGUUGAUUUCGGUGUCACUCAAGUGGUGGUCCCUAUCCCGCUGAGGCCGUAUCUAGGAGAACUCGUCGAUCUGGGCUCGUUGUACUACCUGUACAUGUCUGCCAUUUCCAUCUUCUGCCCCAACAGCAUCAACAUUCUAGCUGGCAUCAACGGCAUCGAAGUCGCUCAAUCGAUCGUUAUUGCCAUGCUCAUUCUUCUGAAUGACGCAUUCUACCUGGUUCCUUCGACUCCCAAUCUUCACCCUGCCACAGACUCCCAUCUGUUCUCAGUCUAUUUGUUGCUACCGUUCCUCGGUGUAUCUUUCGCCCUUCUCAAGCAUAAUUGGUUCCCUGCCAAGGUAUUUGUGGGAGACACGUACUGCUACUUCGCCGGUAUGGUCUUUGCCGUAGUGGGCAUCAUGGGCCACUUCAGCAAAACUCUCAUACUUCUGUUCAUCCCUCAGGUCUUCAACUUCAUCUACUCGGCACCUCAGCUCUUCCAUAUCGUUCCAUGUCCGCGACACAGACUACCUCGAUUCAAUGCCCGUACUGGACUUCUGGAGCCAUCGAAGGCGACAUUCACACCCGACAAGCCGUUAAACAAGUGGGUAGGAGAAGUACUAAAGGUACUGGACACGCUCAGAUUACUGCGAAUCGAGACAGAUGGAAAAGGUACGGUCGUUUCUACAACAAAUUUCACCAUCCUCAACUUGUGGCUCGUUUGGAGAGGCCCCAAAAGGGAGGAUAGACUCGCUGUCGAAAUCCUGGCUAUGCAGACUUUUGUAGGCCUCAUCGGUCUUGCCAUCAGACACCGACUUGCUUUGGUCAUAUUCUCGCAGGACAACUUAUAGAUCUAUUCCCCUCCAGCUAGCUGUAUAUAUAAUUCAAGUUAUAUUCAGAUCACAACACACUUGCCUCAUGCAUGUGGGUGUGUAUUAAGUGUUGCGGUCCGUCUCCGUCUCCAGAAGCCUACACUCAUGAUAGAUCACGGCUACACGCGCACUGAAGCGGCACCUCUGGAGCACGCCCUAGGGCGGGGAUAGUGAACAUCUGGGGUUCUGGAAUCGCGAAAUGGUAAACCCGAAAACGCGAUACGUC